AUGGUGGUCUGGGUUCAGUUUCCAGCCUUCCCAGUUCAUUUUUACCAUCAAGAGAUUCUGUUCUCGCUGGGGAACAUGAUUGGGAGGGCCAUCAAACUGGAUUUUCACACACAACAUCAACAGCGCGUUAAAUUUGCCCGGAUGGCAGUAGAACUCGACUUGUCCAAGCCUCUGGUAUCUCGUAUUCGCUUGGAUGGAAAGUGGCAGUACAUAGAAUAUGAAAACCUGCCGAAGGUGUGCUUCGAGUGUGGAAAAGUUGGGCACACAGCAGCGACCUGCCCGUCUUUGCAGGAGGCGAUGCUAUCGAUCACGGUCGGUGCCAUAGCCAACUCGCCGGAAAAGAGCUCGGAGGCGUCGCCGGAAGACAAGGCCGGCUUUGGACCAUGGAUGCAGGUCACACGAAGGUCACGGCGGGAAAAUCGGGCUAACGAGAAAGGAAACAUAGACGUCAAUCAUGGAGAUCUCGUGAACGGUGCAAAAGUUGAGAAAGGAAAGUCUAUUCCCAAAAAUUUGGAAAGUGUCUCUGGAAAUAAGGGGGGUAAUAGGGAAUCCCAGGUCCAUCGGGUGGAAAAUCCAAAACAAGGGAAGCUGGAAAAAGGGAAAGCCUCUGUUGGGACGCAUCCAAAAGGAAAAGAAAAAUUUGGAAAGCCCACUGUGGAGGUGGCAACAUGCGGUAGGGGGGUUUUGGGCCCAAUCCCUGCUAGCCCAAAAAUUUUGUUCUCAGGGCCUAAUAAGGCUGGUCCGGAUCAAGGGAGUAGGCGGGAGAGGGGAGCAGCAUUAUUAGAUAUAAAAAAUGGGCCUAGUCCCAACAAGGAAAGAACAGAUUCUCAGAGUGGAGCUGGCCCUUCCUCUUCCGGCCCACCGCCGAUUCUUACAGUCAAUGGCCCAAAUAACACCUCCAUUGAGAUUGUUAAUAUUACACCUUACGAGAACCAACAUACAGGGGAGCGAGGGGCUGAUACCCCGUCGACGGCGAUUCGGACCAAAAACCAGAAGAGUUCCAAGAAGAGGAAGACGAAAUCGCCUCGGAAGACGCCGGUGCCAAUCUCCGCCAAAGCCCUGCAAGUUUGGACUCCGGUCAAGGAUAAAAAGAGCAAAGCUAGAACCCGGUUGGCAUCACUCACCCUUCAAGAGAUAGAAGCCUGGACGGGAGCGGCGAAGGCGAACGCAACAGAGUCUCUUCCGUUUCAAGCCCCAACAAUGGAGCGGAGGGAAACGUCGAGCCUUCCGCUGGAGUCUGCAGACUCAACAUAA